AUGGCGGAGAGCGACUCGCGCCCGGUGAAGAUGCUGCGGGAGUUGCCCCGAAAGGGCCAGGGCGCCUCGCGGGCGUACACCGCCGCUGCAGGGGCGGGCGGUGCUGGGGGCUGGGAACCCGUCCGCAUCGUGGCCUCCGCGAGGGACCUGGACGACCCCAGCAAGUACUGCACCAAGGAAGGAGAGCGCCGCCCGACGUUUGAGGGCCACGAUGGCGAGUGCCGGGAGGACGACAUCCUUACCAGUCGGAAGAAGGCUGAGCUGCUCCAAACGAUCAUCCCAUCGGCCAUCAAGCUGCACGCGGAGCGCCUCCUCGUCCGGCGCACGGAGUCCCGGUUGAUUGUGCCCAGGACCAUCACUCAAACGAAGUGCAGGCACUUCACCGUGCCCGAGGAACACUACACGGAUGGGGUUCCGGACGCCGACGCGGUGCUCUAUUUGGCCGCAGGGCCGUCUGUGAUGUUCGCCGUUCCGUGCGUCACGGCCGAGGAGGACGACCGCCCGACCGUCGGUGCCAUGAACUUCUAUCUAUCCGGCGUCUUUCACCCGUGGUUCGCCGUCCGCGUCGCUGCACACGAACUCGCGCACGUGCUCGGGUUCACCUACCAACAGAUGGAUGCCCAGAAGAUGGUGCGCACCGUCACCGCAGGAAGUUAUGGUGCAAAGUCGGGGUUGGUGACCUCCCGUCUCACCAAGGAGAAGGCGCAGGAGCACUACAACUGCGGCAGCCUUGAGGGCAUGCCCCUGAAGGACGAAUACGACGAGUUAUCCCGGCUGCGCUCGCACUGGGAUCGGCGCUACGCCAAGGACGAGCUGAUGGGCCCCACGGUUGCUACUGGCGCCGGCUUCUACACCGCGCUGACGAUGGCCGCGUUUGAGGACAUGGGCUUUUUCAAGGCGAACUUCAGCAUGGCGGAGCCGAUGAGCUGGGGCAGAAACGCCGGGUGCGACUUCGUUGAGGCAAAGGAGUGCGAGCCGGACGACUACACCAAGUUUCCCGCGAUGUUCUGUCACGAGAACUCCAGCGACACCACUUUGUACUGCACGAGCGACCGCGUUGCCUUGGGCCUAUGCAGUGCUUCGCGGAGUGACAAAUGCGUUUUCAUCAACCCGUCACCUUUCGGUUCCUGCCGUAAUGAGGAAAACACGAACCUGCACGGGAGCCGCCUGGGCGCGGGCUCGUGGUGUCUCGACGGGGACUCGCUCAAGGUGAAUGUGGAAAGGCACGACCCGGAGCCAGGCGUGGUCGCUGUGGCCGCCGUCUGCGCGGAGGUGGUGUGCACCAGGGACUCCGUCAAGGUACGCUACCUCGGCGACGGCGACUGGCACGACUGCCCCGAGGGCGGCUUCCUCUCACCUGCGUCCACGUCCGUUGACUUUGCGGGUGGCACGAUCAAGUGCCCCAAGUACGAGGAGGUGUGCACCAUCACCCCCUCUGGCAGGAGUGGCGUCAAACUUGGUAGCGCAGACAACGACAAUCAGGGACCCAACAAUAAUUAUGGCCCCGAUGGCAAUGGCGGCCCCAACAAGAAUGAUGGCAGUGCUGUGGCUGUUCAUGUUGGGGCUCUUGUGCUGGCCGCCGUUGCCGUCGUCGUUGCCGUGGCGACGCCUCUUUGA